GCGUGUCGAUAAUCUCCAUUCAGUUCGGUGUCGUCCGUUGUCACAGUCGUUAAUCCUAAAUCAUCUAAAAUCUUAUAUAUUUACGUCGAUCGUUUCUAGUGGUCAGCGAAUCAAUUGGAUCGAAAUCAGCGCUGUCCAGAAAAUGAUCAAGUUGUUAGCGUCGUUGUUGCUUUUGGUGCCUUUCGCGCUCUGCAGCGGAAUAGUGGUACAAACGGCUCCGAAGUUUGCCUUCGUUCCGGAGGGUCAUCAGAAUCUGAAUCUGUUGUGCGAAAUACCUGGAAGUAAUCCGAUCGAUUUCUGCAUCGUGAAGGUUCCGGGAGUAGCAGCUCCCUUUGCGGCCAGUGAACGACUUCCGACUCCGGUGCAGGGAGUUACUUACUUUGGCAGGGGUUGGAGCAAAGGAUCUUGUGGAGUGACGUUGGCCAAGGUGGAACCGAAGAACGAGGGCACUUUUGAAUGUGUUCUGUCUGUUGCAGGACAGACUUAUAAGGGCACAAUCGAUAUCGCGUUCAAAGUCGCUCCUGAGCCACCGGUGAUCGAGGUGUCCAGCAAUGUGGACGACAGCAAUGGAGAGUUCGAUUACGGAAAACCUUUGAUUGCCAAGUGUGCUUCCCGCAAUGGAUGGCCAGCAGCUAAGCUUUCGUGGUACUUGGAUGGAAAACCCGUUGUCAACGAGUUGGGAGCUGCUUUCACUGAAGUGGUUGAUAAGAAGGCAACCGUUGAGCAGUUCUACCGGAAAGCGGUGGCUGUAGAAGACAACCGGAAGAAGUUGGUUUGUCGUGCUGAACAUGAAUCCUAUCCGAAUGGGUUCAUGGAGGCUGCGCUGCCAGUUAAGUUGCGAAAAUCAAACAACAAUGCUAAUCUAAUUCAAAAGGAUGUAUCCAAAGAUGUUGAAGUGAAACCAUCCGCCCCAAAACUUCUGGUAUCAAGUGAUGUUCCCACAAAUGAUGGAUCAUUCAGGGUGGGAUCGACCAUGGUUGUAGAAUGUGUAGCACGGGAUGGUAAACCAGCCGCCACUUUCCUGUGGUUCUUAGACGAUCAACUGGUCUACGAGGGACUGUCGACGCCAUUUUUGACGCAGAACUCCCGGGGAGCAUUCACCACGCAACAAGUGCUUCAGCGGGUUGUGAAAGCCAGCGACAAUGGCAAGACGUUGGUUUGCAAGGCGCGACAUCCGAGCGGGACGAGCGAAACGCGACUCACGCUGAAAACGUACAGUUGAACUGAAUCUGAGGCUGAUCGAGGAGAUUUUAGAUUGUAAGGAAUUGAGAUGUAUUUGAUCUGUUAAUAAAAUGGAAAAUCGGUCUUA